CUGGUGGUCUUCAGGGAAGGAGGCGCAGUGUGGGGUAAUCAAGGUCUGAUUGAGGGUGACGAGAUAAAUGAUGAUGACAUGAGAGAAAUGUGAAUAUGAAUCCAACAGCUGAGAACAGAGAAUGUCCAUGAUUACUGGGGAGGGAGAGGGAGGAGGAUACGUCUUCCUUCCUCCCUCCCUCCCUCCGUUCUUGCUACCUUUACCUUUACCUUACCUUUACCUUUACCUUCGCGCUAUCUCCCAUGAGCUAUGGAUUACGCUGACAACGAUCAGCUGACUGUAGAACGACUACGCAUUGCCUAUUGGCUGCGCAAGAGAGGUAAGUAUGUCCGUCCGAAGCUCACCCAGACUCAGAAGGUCGAGCUCAGAGAGUGCUUCGACUUGAUUGACUCCGACGGUUCCGGUGCGAUCGACGCUACGGAGCUGAUAACCGCAUUCAAGGUGCUAGGGUUUAGGGUGAAGAAGUCUGAGGUGGAGAAGAUGCUCGCUGAAGUUGAUAGCGAUGGCUCGGGCGAGGUGGAGUAUCCUGAGUUCGAACAGAUCAUGACCACCAAACUAGACCAGCAACAACGAAACAACGACAACAAGAACGCCCAGACCCUUCCCUUUCAGCUCCUUGCUACGGCUUACCGACGCAAGAAGCUCAUGGAUGCGGUGAUGGCGGGCGACAAGGCGACAAGGGAGCGACUUAUGGCCAAGGCAGAUGCAGCUGAGGCAGAGAGAGCUGCUCUCUCAGCAGAGAAUGCCGACCAGAAGUGGAAAAGGCAGAACAGACCAUGGAUCGAGAGGAUGAAAGAUGCACAGAAGAAGUUGAAGAAGUUAACCCUAGCGGAAGUUUUUGCGAAGAGGAUGAAGAAUUUCACUGACGGAGCGAUUGACCCCGAGACUGGGCUUCCAGUCUUCAUCGCCGAGGCGAUGGACGCCGACAUGAAGGAUGUGUUCAUUCGGUACUUGCGAAGGGAGAAAGGUUCUGAGCGGGAUUUGCCGGACAGCCUGGCCAAUCUCCUGGUUCGAAACUCGGUUAGACGAGGGUCAACUGCAGGAGUAGGCGGAGGGUAUGUUAGGCCGCAGAGCAGGUACAAGACGAUCAGGGCGCCGAAGCUUCUGGAAGGAUUGAAUUGGCUGCAGAAGCAUCCCAAAGAGGCAUCGAACAAACCAGUCCUAGAGCGUCAGUUGAUGCAUCUCAAAGCCGUGCAAUCUAUCCAUCAGUUGCUAGACAGCCGCCAAGGUCGACCGACGCUUAACACAAGUAGAACUUGAACCACCAGUAAUUAAUUGGCCCAUGCAGCAGCCGACGGGAAAAUAUAUAGAGUAGCGGCGGUGGGAAAAUAUAGAGUAGAGGCGUUUCUACGGUAGUCGGAUGAAUUUGGGCGCUUUGGGCGCGUACAUCCCUACCGGUAGUGGCCAGUCCCUUGGCCAGGCUCCCGUUGGUGCGCGGGGGGGGUCACAAUGGGGUGCACUGAAAACAGGCAGCACGAGCCGCUCGACUACCGUCUUCCCCCGAACACAACGCACCCUCAUUUUUGACUGUAUCGGGCCGGAAACAUGCCUUGCAUACGUUCAUUUUCAGGGUGCGUUAUGUUCGGGGGAAGACGGUAGGAGGGGCACAGACUUUCAGGCAGCGGCCCGUGGUCUACGUCAUCGUCGGCCAGAAGGUCGACAACAAGGUCGGCCGAUGGUCAAUACAAGUAGUACAAGGUUUCUAGUCAGAUGAAGUUGGGCACUUCCGUAGUGGCCCGGUCCUUCAUCAUUGUAACACGCCGUGACUUUUGGAGGAGGAGGAGGAGGAGGAGCAGGAGAAAGAGGGACAGUAGGUGUAUCAUUAUCCGUCAUGUGGGGGGGGGGGGAAUCAUGGUGGUGGUGGAGAGAUCAUGACUCAUGGGGUGGGUGGUUUGUUUUCUGUUUUCGGGCAAUCUGUUUGUUCUCGAAUUCAGCGUGUUGCACUUCCGCCAUGUUUCCCCACUAAUAGAAUACAUGGCAGGCAUCAUUUCGAAUAUGGAAGUGUGCCUGGUUGAUACAGUCAGAACGAGGAGGGGGCGGAGGGGGGGAGGACGGGAGGUCCCUCUCCUCAAAUUGUCUCCUGCUCAUUCUUCAUUUGCAAGUCCGUUCCUUCUUUUGUUUUUAUUAGUUUCCUUUCUGUUUCCGUUUGCGGGCUUGUUUUGCAUAUACGUUGCAGGACCUUUUGGUCAAUUAGAGGUAGGUACCUGCUAGGGUAGGGUUGCUUCUCUCCUUGACUAAGGUAGGGUUCCUUCUCUCUUUGAGGAAUGCAAAAUGUUUCUGGCACACACACACACACACACACACACACACACACACACACACACAGAGAGAGAGAGAGAGAGAGAGAGAGAGAGAGAGAGAGGCUCUGGUCAAACAGUCAAGUGAGA